AUGGGGUUUCGCACCAGAAACCUCUCCUUUCUCAUUCUCCUCCUUCUUAACUUCUUUGCUGCCACAUACGCUCGUGAAUGUAGCCCUCCAAAACCAUCACCUAAGCCUCACAAACCACCAAAACAUUCUGUCGUCCCACCUAAACCACCGGCGGUUAAACCACAUCCCCACCCGAAACCUCCCACUAUAAAACCUCCUCCGCCUAAACGACACCCCCACCCUAAACCACCCACCGUCAAACCACACCCUCACCCUAAACCCCCUACCAAACCUCAUCCCCACCCUAAACCACCUACCAAACCUCAUCCCCACCCUAAACCACCCACCAUCAAACCACCUCCUCACCCUAAACCUCGUCCCCACCCUAAACCACCCAACGUCAAACCACACCCUCACCCUAAACCCCCGACAAAACCUCAUCCCCACCCUAAACCCCCCACCAAACAUCAUCCCCACCCAAAACCUCCCACCAUAAAACCUCCUCCGAAACCACCCUCCGUCAAACCUCCACCAUCAACUCCUAAACCUCCUACGACCAACCCUCCUCCGUCUACUCCCCAACCCCCUACCCACAAGCCUCCACCGUGCACACCAACACCACCCGUUGCCUCACCACCAAUGGCAACUCCUCCCACUCAAAUGCCUCCUAUCGCAACACCUCCCAUCGCCAAAUCGCCCGUCGCAACACCGCCUAUUGCAACCCCACCUACUGCAACACCGCCCAUUACAAUUCCACCUGUUGCAACACCUCCUAUCACAACACCUCCCAUCGCAAACCCACCUAUCAUAAUGCCACCUAUAGCAACUCCUCCAGUAGCAGCUCCUCCUAUAACAAAUCCUCCAAUAUCAAAGCCGCCUGUUACUACACCGCCUACUACCACUCCUCCCAUUGCAAAACCACCUAUCGCAACUCCUCCUAUUUCAACACCACCAGCCGCAACACCACCAGCCGCAACACCACCAAUAACAACUCUACCACCCGCAAAACCGCCUGUUGCAAUUUCACCAAUAGUAACUCCACCCGUCACUCCAAUUGCACAGCCACCAGUUGCAACACCGCCCACCGCAACUCCACCUGUUGCAACACCACCAAUAGCAACUCCACCUACCUCAAAAUCACCUAUCUCAACUCCUCCUAUUUCAGAAUCACCAGUUGCAACACCACCAACCGCAACAUCACCAAUAAAAACUCCACCACCCGCAAAACCACCUGUUGCAACUCCACCCAUCGCAAAAUCGCCAAUUGCAACACCGCCCACUGCGACUCCACCAGUUGCAACUCCUCCUAUUGAAAAACCACCGGUUGCAACACCACCCACUACAACACCGCCCACCGCAACUCCACCUGUUGCAAAACCACCAGUUGAAACACCACCAAUAGCAACUCCACCUACCGCAAAGCCACCAAUCUCAACUCCUCCUAUUUCAAAACCACCAGUUGCAACACCACCAGCCGCAACACCACCUAUAACAACUCCAACACCAGUAAAACCACCUGUUGCAACUCCACCGUUAGCAAUUCCACCCGUCGCAAAACCCCCAGUUGUAACACCGCCCACCGCAACACCACCUAUUGCAACUCCUCCUAUUGCAAAAUCACCGGUUGCAACACCGCCCACCGCGACACCACCAGUUGCAACUCCUCCUAUUGCAAAACCACCAGUUGUAACACCACCAACUACAACACCGCCCACCGCAACUCCACCUGUUGCAAAACCACCGGUUGCAACACCACCAAUAGCAACUCCACCUACCGCAAAGCCACCAAUCUCAACUCCUCCUAUUUCAAAAUCACCAGUUGCAACACCACCAGCCGCAACACCACCUAUCACAACUCCACCACCCGCAAAACCUCCUGUUGCAACUCCACCAAUAGCAACUCCACCCAUCGCAAAACCGCCAGUUGCAACACCGCCCACCGCAACACCACCAAUUGCAACUUCUCCUGUUGCAAAACCACCAGUUGCAACACCACCUAUAAAAACUCCACCACCUGCAAAACCGCCUGUUGCAAUUCCACCAAUAGCAACUCCACCCGUCGCAAAACCGCCAGUUGCAACACCGCCCACCGCAACUCCACCUAUUGCAACUCCUCCUAUUGCAACACCACCGGUUGUAACACCGCCCACCGCAACUCCACCAGUUGCAACUCCUCCUAUUGCAAAACCUCCAACGACAAUACCGCCUACUGCAACUCCACCUGUUGCAAUGCCACCAAUAGCAACUCCACCUACCGCAAAACCGCCUAUUGCAACUCCACCGAUAGCAAUUCCACCCGUCGCAAAACCCCCAGUUGUAACACCGCCCACCGCAACACCACCUAUUGCAACUCCUCCUAUUGCAAAAUCACCGGUUGCAACACCGCCCACCGCGACACCACCAGUUGCAACUCCUCCUAUUGCAAAACCACCAGUUGCAACACCACCCACUACAGCACCGCCCACCGCAACUCCACCUGUUGCAAAACCACCGGUUGCAACACCACCAAUAGCAACUCCACCUACCGCAAAGCCACCAAUCUUAACUCCUCCUAUUUCAAAACCACCAGUUGCAACACCACCAGCCGCAACACCACCUAUCACAACUCCACCACCCGCAAAACCUCCUGUUGCAACUCCACCAAUAGCAACUCCACCCAUCGCAAAACCGCCAGUUGCAACACCGCCCACCGCAACACCACCAAUUGCAACUUCUCCUGUUGCAAAACCACCAGUUGCAAUACCACCUAUAAAAACUCCACCACCCGCAAAACCGCCUGUUGCAAUUCCACCAAUAGCAACUCCACCCGUCGCAAAACCGCCAGUUGCAACACCGCCCACCGCAACUCCACCUAUUGCAACUUCUCCUAUUGCAACACCACCGGUUGUAACACCGCCCACCGCAACUUCACCAGUUGCAACUCCUCCUAUUGCAAAACCUCCAACGACAACACCGCCCACCGCAACUCCACCUGUUGCAAUGCCACCAAUAGCAACUCCACCUACCGCAAAACCGCCUGUUGCAACUCCACCUAUAGCAAAUCCACCUGUAGAAAAACCGCCGGUUGCAACACCGCCAAUCGCAAAACCGCCCACUGUACUGCCACCUAUUGCAAAACCACCAGUUGAAACAUCGCCCACCGCAACACCUCCAACCGCAACUCCACCUGUUGCAAUUCCUCCUGUUGUAAAACCACCGGUUGCUAUACCUCCCAUUACAAAACCACCGGUUGCAACACCACCAGUAACAAAUCCACCUACCGCAAUGCCACCAAUCGUUACGCCGCCUCCUAUCGUAACUCCUCCUAUUGCAAAAUCACCGAUCGCAACUCCACCUGUUUCUACUCCUCCUAUCGCAAAGCCACCUAUCGCAACACCGCCUGUUGCAACUACGCCCAUUGCAAAACCACCAAUUGCAACACCACCCACCGCAAAUCCACCUGUUGCAAAUCCUCCUAUCGCAAAGUCACCUAUUGCAAAGCCACCAAUUGCAACACCCCCCACCGCAAUGCCAUCAAUAGCAACUCCACCUAUCGGUAAGCCGCCUGUUGCAACCCCGCCCAUGGCAAAGCCACCAGUUGCAAGUCCACCAAUUGCAACACCUCCAAUCAUAAAACCACCAGUCGCAACUCCUCCAAUCACAAAACCGCCGGUUGCAACUCCACCAGUAGCAACUCCUCCUAUCGCAAAGCCACCAGUCGCAACGUCGCCUAUUGAAACUCCGCCCGUGGCAAAACCACCAGUUACAACUCCACCUGUAGCAACUCCUCCCAUCGUAAAACCACCUAUUGUGACACCGCCUAUUGCAACUCCACCCAUCGCAAAGUCACCAAUCGCGCCGCCGCCUAUUGGUACUCCUCCUAUUGCAAAACCACCAGUUGCGACACCACCAACCGCAACUCCACCUGUUGCUACUUCUCCUAUAGCAAAACCACCUGUUGCAACGCCGCCACCUGCAACUCCGCCUGUUGCAAAACCACCGGUUGCAACACCACCCACCGUAACUCCACCUGUUGCAACUCCUCCAAUCGCAAAGCCACCCGGCGCACGGCCACCCGUUGCCACACCACCCGUAGCAACUCCACCUAUCGCUAAGUCGCCUGUUGCAACCCCACCUAUGACAAAGCCACCUGUUGCAAGUUCACCAAUUGCAACUCCUCCAAUCGCAAAAACACCCAUCGCAACGCCACCUACAACUAUGCCGAAAACUUGCCCAAUUGACACGUUGAAGCUAGGCUCGUGUGUUGACCUUCUUGGAGGUUUGGUUCACAUUGGAAUUGGGAAAAGCGCCAAGGAAAAGUGUUGUCCAGUUGUUGAAGGUUUAGUUGAUCUAGACGCAGCCGUUUGUUUAUGUACCACUAUUAAAGCUAAACUUCUCAACAUAGACGUCAUUCUCCCCAUAGCUCUUGAAGUUCUCCUUAAUUGUGGAAAAAAUCCACCACCUGGAUUCAAAUGUCCCGCCUGAUAAAUGUAAAGUGAUGAGAGUCUCUCGAUAGCUUUGAAGGUUUCAUAUUUUAAGAAUUUGUUGGUUUCAUGAUCUCUUUUGGAACAAUUUCUUUACUUGCAUGUGUGCGAUU